AUGAAUAGGACAGCUUUGUUUAGCUCAGCAACUGCUGUAACGGCAAUUGCUACCGCAGCGGCCCUGGUGAUCGGCUAUGCCAUAUAUUUUGAUUACAAACGCAAACAAGAUAAAGGGCUGCAAAAGCGAAUCAAGCAAGAAAAGAACAUUGAAGCACACAAGCAAAAGAAAAAGACCGCAAAGGAAGGAAAAAGCAAAGGCAACAGCAAAAGCAAAUCUCCCCAAAAUGUGCUUUCCUCAAGCUCGAUUAUUGAAAUGAUCCCAGAAAUGGCACUUAGCAUUGAGGAAAUCUAUGCACGGCCGCCUGCCGAGAGAGAGCGCAUCUUUUAUUCGCUACUUGUCAAGGGCGAGGAGCUUUUGUCGUUUAAAAGCGACGAGCCAAACCUGUCAAAUUCAUAUACCGAAGCAGCGGUGGAAUUAUUUUUCAAGGCUAUUAAAAUGAUCCCUAACCCUACCGAGCUUCUUGUUUCGCUUCGGCAGGUUCUUCCGAAGCCUGUUUUUAACGCACUUACCAAGCUCAUCACAGAAGAUGGCUUGAAGAGAAUCGUUUCCUACUUCAAGUCGAUAAUUCCAACAAAUUCGCCGAUCACAAUUGCUCCGAAGAAGCUCAUUUUGGCUAAUGGAGAGAUUGAACAGACGUGGGCCAUUUUUGCAACGAAGGAUAUCGAAGCAGGAACGGUCCUUUAUGAGGAGAAGCCCGAUGCUGCCUCAUUGUAUUUGCAAUACACAUCCAGUGGCAAGUUUUGCGACUUUUGCUUUAAAACUCUGGACCUUUCGCAAGUGGCAUGUGACAAAUGCCGUUGUUCAUUGUACUGUUCAGAAGCCUGUCUGGUUUCAGCCAGGAAAUCGCACCACUCUAGCAUUUGUGGAAAUGAGGCGUUUGGCCGCUUGCUUGACAUAGCUAAAAGGGAACACAGCGAGUAUUCUCUGCUUGUCGCCAGAUACCUUUCGGUGUUAUGUUUUGAAGAAAAGGAAAUUAAAGAGCAAAGAGAGCUUUCUAAAGAACCGCUCGCAGAUAAAACGACGACGUCAUCUCAUUUCGAAUUUAUGAAGCCCUUGUUGCUGCCUGUUCUCCCAUCGGACGACAACAUUGCCACAUGUUUGAAGUCGCUAUUUUCCGGCAUUUCUCCCGACAUUUUCGAACAUUUGGACGACAAUCGCUACUCUUCCAUUAAGGGCACGCUUCUUUUCAAUAGCAUUGGCAUUCCCCUUCCCGCGGGAUUUGACGAUCAAGUCGAUGCUAGCGUUGAAUCUCCGGCCGCAAAAAUACCCGAUUUUUCACCCGCAUUGUCUGAUUUGAAGGAAAAUUCCCUCUUGCAAAGUAAUGAUAACGCAUCAACAAAAAGCGAGCAUCAAAACAAGGGUGAAAAAUUGCCAGCUCUUGCCGCACAAAAGGAUGCCGACGAAGACGAAUCAUCCUGGGUCGACGAGUCGAUUUCGACAUCUUCCCCGGUAAUCUUUGACUCGCCCGUUGUCGAAAGCAUCAGCAACAACUCGUCCUCUUCUGAUGAUAAUCAGGCCGAGCAUUCGGUUGGUUCUGCCCAAUCUUCGUCAUCUAUCUCAAUCAAUCAGCUACUAGAAAGAUCAAGAAGCCCUCUCCAAAAAUCCAAACUAAUCGGACACGGGUUAUACCACAUUUCGGCGCACAUGCAGCACUCCUGUGAUCCAAACACCUCUUUAGUGUUUCCACACAACAACAAUUUCUUGAGAGUCUUUGCAUCUCAUCGUAUUGAGAAGGGCGAUGAGAUUUGUAUGUCUUACAUCCCCUUAUCAACCGGAAUGUCAUCGGCCGCCAGAAGAGCUGCACUUAAAGCCACCUAUCACAUUGAUUGCGCGUGUAUUCUGUGCGAAGCUGACCUUCCUAUGGCAUAG